AUGUCAGGAGCACCAUACGCUUACCGUCUCAUUGGCAUUCGAAGUCCAACAAUCCGCCUUGUGAGGAUUACGGGUCGGCGAGAAGAUGGUAGUGUACUCCUUCAGCUUGAGUAUUUUCCUCUCGCCGAUGUGAUCGGCAGGUACAUCGCCAUAUCCUACACCUGGGGCCCAGACGACAAAAUUCGACGAGUAUGGAUCGGUACAAAGUAUGUUGUCAUUCGCGAGAACAUAUGGCAGUUUCUGCUACAUUGUGCUCAGCAUCAACACAUUGUCAGUGAUGGUUGGUUAUGGAUCGAUUCUAUAUGCAUCAAUCAGAACAACACUGCAGAGAAGAACAGGCAAGUUCAACUGAUGGGUCGUAUCUUUUCGGGUGCUGCUUACGUUUUGAUCUGGCUUAGUUCGUCCAGUCAGCGUAAUCUGAAAUUAUUGGAGGAUGCCUGUACAUCUGCGACGCAGAAUGACAAUCGUACAAAAGUUCAGAGCUCAGACCAUAGAUAUGAAUCAGAAAUCACGUGGUCAUGGCAAGAAUGGAGAAGCUUCGUUAAAUCGGACGAUGAGUCUAGAAUGGCUGACUGGUGGAGACCUUACGUGGACGAUGUGAAGGACGUACUCUACAAUGAGUACUGGCAUCGUUUAUGGAUCGCUCAAGAGGUCAAAUUGGCACAAUCAGCAAAAGUCAUAUUCGGGACCAUGACGUUGGAUAUACAGCAACUCGAAUCAAUUAAUCUUCUGUAUGAGACGUUAAGAGACGAGCAACGUUCCGUUGAUGAGCAAUAUUACAGAUUCAGCAGAAGCAAGACUCCGGCAACUAACAUCGUCUCACAGCAUCCUUUACUUUGUCGCGGAGCGCCGUCCUUACCUAAAUUUCUCUACAUCUAUCGGAAUCAGCAGUGUGCUGACCCAAGAGACAAGGUCUAUGGUCUACUGGGUCUCGCUGGCAUAGAUGGGACUUUUGCGAUCGACUAUCGAUGCGCUAAGGAGAACCUGUUUAUGCAGGUCCUGAACCACAUGGGAUCUCAACCUCACAGCACUGCUGAUCCAGUAGAAUUCCAGGACAUCGAACUGCAUCUGGCGGAGUAG